AAGAAGUUUAAGUUUAAGGUGGACUUCGAGCUGGAGGAGCUCUCCUCCGUGCCCUUCGUCAACGGGGUCCUCUUCUGCAAGAUGCGGCUGCUGGACGGCGGCAGCUUCACCGCCGAGUCCUCCAGGUCUCUAUUGCUCCAGAGAAGUGAUCCUCCUCUGUACUUUGCUAAAGAAAUCAAACUCAUUUUACCUGUGCCCUCGGGAACCAUCACGGAAGAGGGGGUGGGAAGACUGUAAGCCAGAGGGAGGUGGUGCAAGCAAACUGUGUCCGCUGGAGAAAGAAGUUUUCCUUUAUGUGCAAAAUGAGUGCCAGCGCCUCCACCGGCAUCCUGGAUCCAUGUUUCUACAGAGUGUCUGUGCGGAAGGAAUUAAAGGGUGGGAAAGCUUAUGCAAAGCUGGGCUUUGCAGAUCUAAACCUGGCAGAGUUUGCUGGAUCAGGAAAUACCACCCGUCGCUGUUUACUGGAAGGCUAUGAUACCAAAAAUACAAGACAGGACAAUUCCAUUCUUAAAGUUUUGAUCAGUAUGCAGCUGAUGUCUGGUGACCCAUGUUUUAAAACGCCUCCCUCCACAUCCAUGUCAAUACCAAUCGCUGGGGAAUCCGAGUCUCUGGAAGAGGACAGAAAAGGUGGAGAGACCCUCAAAGUACAUCUUGGAAUAGCAGAUCUUUCAGCAAAGAGUGCCUCUGUUCCAGAUGAACUUGGCGCCUGGGGACACUCUAGAACAUCAAGCUAUGCAAGCCAGCAGUCCAAAGUAUCAGGGUAUAGCACGUGUCACUCCCGGUCAUCCAGUUUCUCCGAGUUCUGCCACAGGAGAAAUACCUCAGUGGGAAGUACGUCAACAGGAAUUGAAAGCAUUCUGGAGCCAUGUGACGAAACUGAGCAAAUCCCGGCCGAACCAAGUCCAGACAGCGCUGCAGAUGAAGAAGAAGCUUCGGAGAAACUCGCCAGAUGCCCGGUCAAGCAGGAUUCCGUUGAGUCUCAGCUGAAGCGGGUCGACGACACCAGGGUGGACGCUGAUGACAUCGUGGAGAAAAUCCUCCAGAGCCAGGACUUCAGCCUGGAUUCCAGUGCGGAAGAAGAAGGCCUGAGGUUAUUCGUGGGGCCUGGGGGAAGUACGACCUUCGGCAGCCACCAUCUUCCAAACAGGGUAGGAUCUGGAGCCUAUGAACAGGUUGUGAUCAAACGCUAGAAGUGGAGCCCGAGGACAGUAGCUUCCCCGUAUACCUGAGGUGUAGACAACGGUGUUUCAAGGUGUUUAGUCAAGCAUGUAAGAAAAACAAUGAGCCUGUUUUCAACGUCAAGUUCAUCUGUGAAGAGGAAAGCAACGCUGAUUGCCUCUCAGAGCACCCCCCAGCACCCUUUCCCACCCGCUUACCCACGGAGGGAGCAUGUGAACAGAGGGUGAAGGCCUUGCCUGCAUAAGCACCCAGAACGAAAAGCCUGCUUGUGCUUCCAAAACACCCCGGAGAAAAAGCGGCACUUGACACUUCUGAGUGUGGUUCUAGUAUUCCACCAUAAAAAUCCAAGGCGGGGGUGCCCAACAGGUCUGGGCCCUGUGUUUAAAUUUUACAUUUAAGAGACAGUACAUGAGGUCAGUUUAAACCCUAUAAUUGUAUCAAGGUAACUGUAAUUCUUAUGAAGUAACCCUUCCAUGUCCUCCUACCUAUAGCAUUGUACUAAGUGUAUUAACUCCUUUGAUGCAAUAACUGGCGGAAAGAGUGGGUGUCCGCGCUUUGGGAGAUGUUAGGCUAUAACUGAAGCAUUUUAAAUACCUAAGAAUUCUGAACGUAUCAGAUGGAAGUCAAACGACAAAUGUGUCCAAGUGUGAGACAGGCGGAUGGAAGGAACGCUGUGAGCGUGCAUAUAUCCAUUCCUUGUCAUCAAUAUUAGAUGAAUUGCAAAAGCCCAAGUGGCACUGUGGUAAGAGCAAGCUUAAUAAUCUAUACGUUAGGCUACCGCAGGCAAGCUAGGAGAGGAGCUGUUCCCUAACCCAUUCAGUGCUAAGACUUGCUGGUCUCAGCGGUCAGAACAGACAGAAAACUGUGAGGUGAACAGAAAAAUAGCUUUCUUCCUCAGGAAGCCAGACUUCUGUGAGCUGACACUAAUGGACAGACAUCUGGCAUCUGCUUUCACUGACGCCCGGGCGACUGGCGCUUUUCUAUUUUAGCCCCUUUGACCAGAAACUGUUUUCUUCUUUACUGUGUCAGAAUCUAGCUGUUAGGAGCAGGAGUGGACUGUAACAUACCUCUAAUACAGCUUUUAGGGUGCAGCUCUCUCGUCUGGACCCGAGCUAACAGCACAGUACACAAGCUCUGGUUUUCUGGUCUAACUUAACAGUACCCAUGUACAAAGAGUUAAACUCCCCUUUGCCGAAGAGAAACACACAGUUGUACAGGGCCAGCAAUGCCCCAGCCAUCUACAGUCAUGUCCUAGAAGACGAUAAGCCCAGAACAGGAUUACUCUGCCCAAGGUAUUUUAUGUUGACAAAAUACUUAAAAUGUUUGAAUGUUGGGAAGCUUGGAAAAAUUGGAAUUGUUCGUGUUAGAAUUUUUAUUUUAAUAUCUCAAGAGUUAGGUGGUCUACGUUAAUCCAAAAAUGUUUUUAAACUAGGUUCUGAUUUUUUAAAAGAAGAUGACACCUUAUUAUUAUUAAUUAUUCUAAAAUGUUAAAAUAUGUUAAUACUAAGAGAAAGGAUUUUUCUUUUCGUCAGAUCAGGAGAGAUUUGGAGGGCAGGACAUUGACACGAACAUCUUUACCAGGUGAUCUAGGUAGGGGGUGACAUGCUGUCAGUUUUCAGGUGAGCAGACCCAGUGUAUGUUGAUGAUGAAGAUAUUAUUUAGAGAGUUUAUCCUGACAAUUUUAAAAGGCGUGUUUUUCUGUUUUUAACGCUAUAAUUUCCCAGCUUUAUUUUCUGUGGACCCUCUGCAAAUGAUUUUGGAUUCUAAAGACGAUAAUAACACUAGAUUGUAAGCGUGGUUCAGGGAGGCCACUCAUGGGACAACACAGGUGCUGCAGCCAAGGCACAGUCGCUGCCUCGCGUAGCCUUGGCCCUGGGCCCUGGGUCUUUACACAGGAUGAGGUGCUGGCAUUUUAAAUGGUACAGAACCCUUUUUUUUAGAAAAGUAAAAUGUGUGGAUCUGGGGAAGAUGACUCAGCUGGCCGAGUGUUUGCCUCGACCACCCGAAACCCUAGGUUUUCGAGUGUGAGCGUUGGUGCACACCUGUAAUCCCAGAACUUGAGAGACAGAGGCAGGAGGAUCAGAUGUUUAGGGUCAUUCUUGGCUCUGUAGGGAGUUGGGGGCCAGAGGAAGCUGUAUGAUACCCUGCCUCAAAAAGGGAAAAUGAAAAUGUGAAGAGGUUUUAAAAAGUAUAAAAAAUAUGCCUUUAUUUUAGCAGCCACUAAAUAAUCUUGAUUUAUAUAUGUUAAGUAAUAAAAAAAAGAUGACUUAGUAAGUAGAAACAGUGAGUUGGGAGGGGAGACAAUAGCUGUGACUCUCAAGUCAGCUAAAGUCUGGAUUCUCCUUCCCUGGGGUUCUGGAUAUUCUGCAUUCAUAUUUCAGUACAGAAUGUGAAGGGUUGCCUGAGUGAAAGCAUUUCUAUUUUUUUCUUUCUGCGGGGCAUACAUUGUCAGGCUCUCAGCCACGAGGCUAUUUUAAAAGCUGUUUGCUAAGCACCAAGUCUACUUUUAACUCUGUUUUGAGGAAACAAUAGAGUUGGGACAGUACACUCUUAACAAGUUAAUUUUUUUCAUAUUUAGGUCAGAUUUUACCCAGUCUAGUCUUGGAGGAUUUUUUGAUCUAAACUGUUUCCUACUUCUGUCCUAGAGAAAAGACAGACAGCACCCUUUAAAGCUGGUAUUGGUAGCGAGAAGGAUCUUGAGUACCUUGCUCAGGACACAUGUAGGAAGAGGCAGAGACAGCUGAGCCAUCAGUUUACACUAGGAUGCCAGGCUUCCUUUUGUGGCCAUAUUGAAGGCCUCUCUAUACAAACAACUAAUGUAGAUGAAUACUUUUGAUAUUAAAGUCUUGACCAACAACCCUAGCUCCACCAUCUCAUUCCAUCAUAAAACCAUAAGAAAUAAUAACCAAGCUAGAUUCUUCUGUAUGUCUUUGUCUUUAGUUUGUUGUUGUUGUUCUUUUUUUAUACAAAACUGUGAGCCACAGAGGUUGACCACUUAACACCCUCCCCCCCUUUUUUUUUUUACUAGAAGGAAAAAGAAAAUACCCUCAACGAACCUCCAUUCAAAACAUAUUCAAAUUCAGGCUCGCUCCUGUAAUCCCAGUACUUGGGAGGCUUCGGCGAGUUCGAGGGUAGCCUGAGUUACAUGGUCUACUUGAGUUCAAGGGCAGUCUGGGCUCCAUGGUAAUCUUGAGCCCAAAAUUAGACCCUGUUUUGUUUUUUUUUUUUUUUAAAUCAGGCAGCACUGAGUUUUGGUAAGUCAAAGCAUUUGGAAGCAAUUCCAGACUCUCAGAUUUCCAUGUUAAAUAAACCACUUUUGAAGCAUAAGCUGACAGUAUCAUUACAUAUUUCACUGAAACACUUCUGAAACCUUAGGCUUCUGUGUUUACAUUAAAUCCCUGAGAGACGCCGCAAGCACCUAUGACGGGAUUGUACUGUUCUCUUCACAUGUCUUUCAUGUGGGCAUUUCAGAAAUUCAGUUCUCUUAGAUGGUACGUCAUGUGAGUAUAACCAAGUAGGGUAACUGAGACUGUGUCAGGCCACUGUGCACAUUGGCUUAGCUAGGUACUACGCCUAAUGUUAGUAGCUGAGCUGUAGGGAUGAACUAUUCCUGUCGUAAGCCUAAGACUGCCCUGAAAAUAAGGCCUUAUUCCCUUCUACGCAGGACUUUUGUCAGAAAAUGUAUACACAAAAUAUUUUACACAGUAAUGUGGGUAGUCUCCCCAUACAACAAAGAUAUUAAAAUUUUUAUUAACAAUGUGGUCUGUAUUUUGAAAUGUAUAUGUUUAUAUUCCUUAUAUAAUUCUUUCACUGUUAGUCAUUGGCCAAAUUCAUUGCAAAGAAAGCCAGACUAUAGAAGAAUUUGAUUAACUUUGGCAAUGUCAUGAGGAUUGCCUUCCUGUGUGUUAGUUUGGUUUUUUGGAGGUUAACACAGUGUCUAUGAGAAAUGUUACUGAUAUCUGAGGAAUAAUACCUCAGGGGUAAGGAACUUUCCAGCAUAUGCAAGACCCUGGGAUUGCUCCUCAGAGCUGAGAAAAGAAAAUGAAGUGAUUCCGUCAGUAUUCUGUUCUAAUACUUGGAGAAUGACCUUCAUAUUUAUAUAUUAUAUGUCUUAUGUCUUAACUAUACAGUGAUAAAAUCCAGGAAAUGUUUUUUUAAACAAAAUGAAAUUUUGUUCGUAAAAUGUUUGUAAGGAUAUAAAAGUGAAUCUUAUACGUGUUCAAUAAAAAGCGGUAUCUCAGAA